UUUUUUCCUCCACGUGAACGUCUUCUGGACGCAACCCGCGCAUGCGCAGAGAGAAGGUUUGCAGUAGCUGUAUUUCCUGUUUCUUCCCACACGAAGCAAUGGCACAAGAAAAAGCUUCAGUGAUCCUUAGAGUGAUAGCGGCCUUUUGUGUCUCAACGGUGCUCGGCUUUGUUGAAGAUCUAGACAGCACGUUUAAAGACACCAGAGUGAAUGACAUCUGGCUGGUUGAUUUUUAUGCUCCAUGGUGCGGCUACUGUAAAAAGUUGGAGCCCAUCUGGCACGAAGUGGGGGCGGAGCUAAGGAGCUCUGGGUCGCCGGUGCGCGUGGGAAAGAUGGACGCCACUGCUUACUCGGGAAUGGCGUCGGAGUUUGGCGUCCGUGGUUACCCCACCAUCAAACUGCUAAAGGCAGAUCUUGCAUACAAUUACAAAGGACCGAGAACGAAAGACGAUAUCGUGGAGUUUGCCAACAGGGUGGCGGGGCCGGCCGUCCGGGCGCUUCCCAGCACGCAGAUGUUUGAGCACAUGAUGAAACGCCACGACGUCCUCUUCGUGUAUGUCGGCGGGGAGUCUCCACUUAAAGAGAAAUACAACGAUGCGGCCUCUGAGCUCAUCGUCUAUACGUACUUCUUCUCAGCUUCAGAAGACGCCGUGCCGGAGUCCAUCUCUAUGCCAGAGCUUCCUGCGGUUGUGGUCUUUAAGGAUGGAGGUUAUUUUACCUACGAUGAGUACGAGGACGGCAGCCUGUCGUCGUGGGUGAACAGGGAGCGCUUCCAAGGAUACCUCCAGAUUGAUGGUUUUACGUUGUACGAACUGGGAGAAACAGGAAAACUCGUGGCGAUUGCAGUCAUCGACGAGAAGGACGCCACGGAGGAGAGCGGCAGAUUAAAGACCUUGAUGCAGAGGGUGGCGAAGGAAUACAGAGAACAUUUUAACAGAGUUUUCCAGUUCGGCCACAUGGAUGGGAGUGACUACAUUAACAGUCUCAUCAUGGGCGAGGUAAAAGUGCCCUCCGUAAUCAUCCUCAACACGUCCAACGAGCAGUACUUCCUGCCCAGUGAGCCGAUUGAGACCAUGGAGCAGCUGGUCCAGUUCAUCAGCGACGUUUUGAACGGUUCCGCUCAGGCUUACGGAGGCGAUGGCUUCAUCCAGAGAAUCAAACGGGUGGUGUUUGAUGCCAGGUCCACCAUUAUGUCUGUGUUUCGCAGCUCUCCACUGCUGGGCUGCUUCCUGUUCGGCCUACCGCUGGGUGUAAUUAGCCUGAUGUGCUACGGCAUCUGCACAGCGGAGUCGGAUGACGGUUCGGAUGACAUAGACGCGCUCAAGAGGGAGGGCCUCACUGAUGAGGAGGAGGAAGAGGAGGAGGAGAGGCAACGCACUGCUGAGCUGGAGGCCCCCGAAGAAGAAGACGAGGAAGAGGAGGAGGAGGAGGAGGAGGAGAUGGAGGAGGAAGGAGAGAAAAACCCAGAAGAGAAAAAAACGGAUUAACACCGGCGUGCCUGCCGGAUAGAUGAUGAUGGGCCUAGUCAAACGCAGUGACAUGAAACUCAAAGACAUUUCUGUGUUGUACUCCUCUUUGUUUUUCAUCUCACUUCCCAGUAAAGCCCCCGGACCGUUCUUCCAUCUCUGAGUCUUCGGGGGUCGGCUGCUCGGCAAAGUGUCUGAAUUAAAAAAAGCUUUUCCAUAGAGGAGUGUAAACGGUGUUUCAGCAGAUAAAAGGACGGCUACCAACCCCA